AGUUCCUAAGCUUUCGAAUGAUACCUAAUCUAUGAUGAUUACUAAAAUAUGUGAUAUGAAAAAGGGCAAUAAAAAGGGAGCGCCAGUCGUCGUGCUAGGAGAGUGUGACGGUUCAUUUAAACCUGUUUUUCUCAAAAUUCUGUUUCUGAAAAUCAUAGCGAUCAGCCAACUUCAGAUAACCAUAACUUUUGUUGCAGACAACCGAUAAAAUAAAUAAAAACAGAUUUGGAAAGGUCUUGAACCAAACUUUAAUAUGGUCUCAAAACCUGGAAUAUGUCAAAUUUCACCAUGUGGUGGGUUUUCCCAGAUCGCAUCACAUUGUUGUCGCAUGUAUAUCUUAUACUGCUCUUUAAAGACAAUUAGUUUAUUUUAAGAGCAAUUAAAUUAUAUACAGUUACAUUAGUAGGCUAUUAUUAUGAUAAAUGCAUAACUUAUUUUGCAGUGAUUAAGUAUUGGAUUUUUUUAAGAACCAUAAUUACACCUCAAACUGAUGAAGUGAUAUCAUUUGAUACGCCAUCUACAGGCGAUACCUUGUUAGUGCAGGAAAACAUUUGCUCACAUUCUAGUCUAUUAAUAGCCAGAGUUUCACAGUGUUUCAGGUCAACAAUAUCUUGUGACAGGCAGCUUCGUUCUUGCAAGGACAUGCGGUCGUUUCUUUAAGAGGAAUUUCAAAUAUAACAAGCAUAGUCUAAUCAAACAGAUGUUUUACGCAAGUUUAUCAUAGGUUCUUUAAGUGCAGACUAUACAGGAGGAACUUGAAGUGCGUUCAAGGUAUACUACUCUGGGACACUUCUGGGACACUCUUGUUGGGAUGUCCCGGGACACCUUUCCCUUCAGUUCUGCUUCUCUGCGCUCCUUAAGGCUGGAUCAGGAGCUUCAGGACUGGGAGGAUGCCAGGCGGGCACUGGCACACAGGAGGGCAAUGACGAGGCGUCCUUUGCCUGCCGCCCCCAGACUCCGACAUGGAAAUGAGAGGAUCCAGACGAUCCGUGCUCCUCCACCCCAAAUACAGUGCCGAGACCCAGCCAUCCACAAUACCUUCAUGUGUGGAGAUAUGAAGAGAGUGUAUGCUGUCCUCAAAGAUCCAGGCAUGGUGAAUGCACUGAUGGAGACCGUACAUGAGGAGAUGGCUUGGGCCCCGGAGAUGGGAAUGUGGACUCUCAUCUCAAAAGUAAAGCAGACGUCUGCACUGCGUCUGGCUGCCAGCAGGGGCCACUCUGGCUGUGUCGAGGAGCUGCUGUUUAGGGGCGCAGAGGUGGAUGCAAACACAGGCGGUCGCACAGCUUUACAUGAUGCCUGUUCAGGGGGCCAUCACAUCUGUGUGCGCCUGCUCUUAGACCACGGGGCUGACCCUGACCUGCUCGAUGUCGAUGGCAAUGCCCCGCUGCUUCUCUGCAAUGCAGUGGAAACAUAUCAGUGUGCUGAGCACUUGGUGACCAGUGGUGCAUUGGUGAACACGGCCCAGCGUGACUCAUGUCUCACCCCCCUUCACGUGGCCUGCAGGAGAGGUCUAGAGGAGCAUGUGGAGCUCUUCUUGUCCUCUGGAGGGGACGUGACAGCUCAGACCCAAGAGGGUGAGACACCCUUGAAUGCAGCCUGUGCUGGGGCGGAGAGGCCCGCAGAUGCAGGACGGUAUCUGCGCAUUGUCCAGAAGCUGCUUGCAGCCGGGGCCGACGCACAGACUGCUGGGAGGAAAAAGCACACGGCCCUGCAUAAUGCCUGUGGAAACUGUUGUCCCCGCAUUGUUAAACUGCUGCUGGAACAUGGGGCUCGCGCGGACAUAGCUAACUGUGCCGGAUACACACCCAUGGACUGCCUGCUGCAGGUAGUAGAGGAUUACCCAGACCAGCAGCCAGAUGUUGUGGCCCAAUCUCUUCUUAACUAUGGAGCAAAGCCGUCCUCCCCUAGAAUGCUGAAACUCUGCCUCCCCUCUCCUGCCACUUUGGAGGUAAUGCUGAAUUGCUAUGCGGUCGUCCCAGAAUGUGAGGAGUGGUUAAAGGACACAUCAGAGGAACGACUGAAGGAGCAUCAGUCUUUCUUCGAUGCGGUGAGACGGAUGAGUGGUCAGCCUCGCUCUCUUCAGCACCUCUGCCGCUGUGCACUGCGUCUCCACCUGGGGCCACUGUGCCACUUCGCAAUAGUCCAGCUCAACAUCCCCAGCACUUUAAAAGAUUAUCUACUGCUGCAUAAUGACGGACAGCUCCAUUGAGAUCCACUCUUAGAGAAACAAAGAAAUAGCUGAGUGACUGGAAACAGUGGGCUGAACUUUUCUUUCUUUCUUUCUUUCUUUUUUUACAAACUAUAUUUAUCAUCUGUGAUAAAUACAUAAUGUUGUAAAUUUAUGUCUGUCAGAUGGUUUUAGAUCCCUAGGCACCUCUUGACAAGAGAAGCUAAGUCAAGUAUGGAUUAUGGACCGGUGGGGUCUCUGGCUAUCAGAGCAUGGUCUCAAACUGUGACUUGAAAUACAGAAAUAAGGGACUUCGAUGGAUAGUGCUUGAAAAUGUGCCAAUGGCUGUCCUCGCAAUGUGAAAUAAACAAAAAAAUGAGAAUAAGA